AAGUCACCGUGGUGUUUCUGGUGGAUCUCCCUUUCUGAGUUUGUCUGAUCCAUGGCAGCCAUACUUGAAUCUUUUCUUGGAUCAUGUGCCAGUAAAUUGCAAAAUAUCAUUACAGAUGAGGCCAUACUAAUCCUUGGGGUGGAAGAAGAGCUCAGACAAGUCCUGCGACGAGUAGAACUGAUACAAUGUUGCAUAUAUGAUGCUGAGAAUAGGAGGACAAAGGAACAAGCAGUAAACAAUUGGCUUGGUCAACUGAGAGAUGUUAUAUAUGAUGUUGAUGAAAUCCUAGAUGUGGCUAGAUGUAAAGGAAACAAGCUACUUCCUGAUGAUCCUUCAUCAUCAAGCAAAUCAGCCGAAUGUAAAGGCUUUUCAGUUUCCUCUUGCUUUUGUAACAUCUGGUCACGCCGUGAUGUUGCUGUUCGGAUUAGAAGCCUCAACAAAAAGAUUGAGAACAUUUCCAAGGACGGGAUAUUCUUAACAUUCAACACUAGUAUACAGCCUACUAGAAAUGGUCCAACAUCCAAACUGAUAAGAAGUUCCAAUCUUGUUGAGCCCAACCUUGUGGGGAAGGAGAUCAUACAUUCUAGCACGAAGUUGGUGGACUUGGUGCUUGUGCACAAGGAAGAUAAGUCUUACAAGCUUGGUAUUGUUGGAAGGGGAGGAAUUGGUAAGACAACACUAGCUCAGAAAAUAUACAAUGACCAAAAAUUAAAAGGAAGCUUCAAGAUGCACGCAUGGAUUUGUGUUUCACGAGACUACAAUGAAGUAACUCUUCUUAAAGAGGUUCUUCGAAAUAUUGGUGUGCAUCAUGAGCAAGGGGAAACCAUAACAGAGCUACAGAGGAAGCUUGCAGAAACAAUUGAAGGGAAGAGUUUCUUUCUGGUUCUAGAUGAUGUGUGGCAUUCCAAUGUAUGGACAGAUUUAUUAAGACCUGCAUUACAUGGAACAACAGUCGGAGUAAUAUUGGUAACCACACGAGAUGAUCAGAUUACAAGGAGAAUAGGUGUACAGCAUACCCAUCGAGUUGAUCUCAUGUCAGUAGAGGUGGGAUGGGAGCAACUUUGGAAGAGCAUGAACAUUGGGGAAGAGAAAGGAGUGCAGAAUUUAAGAAACACGGGGAUUGAGAUUGUUCGUAAAUGCGGUCACCUCCCUCUUGCAAUCAAGGUUACCGCUAGUGCUUUGGCAAGUAGAGAUCUGACAGAGAAUGAAUGGAAAAAUUAUUUGGGCAAAUAUGCUGGUUCCCAAAGCAUGCUCUCUGAUGAAAUAGAAGGAGCUCUGUAUCUAAGCUAUGAUGAGUUGUCGCAUCGUCUGAAACAGUGUUUCCUUUAUUGUGCUUUGUAUGCUGAAGAUUCUACCAUUGAGCGUGAAGAAGUUACCUGGCUAUGGAUUGCUGAAGGCUUCAUCGAGGAGCAGCAAGGCCAAUUACUAGAAGAUAUAGCAGAAGAAUACUACCAUGAGCUAAUCCACCGGAAUCUUCUCCAACCAGAUAUCUCAUAUUUUAACAUGUCUCACUGCAAAAUGCAUGACCUCUUAAGACAACUUGCACUGAACAUAUCAAGAGAAGAAUGUUUUAUUGGAGAUGUUGAAACAUUAAGGGGUGAAAAUAUGUCAAAACUGCGACGUGUUACUGCUAUUACUAAGAAGGAUAUGUUGGUGUUAUCUAGAGUGGAUAAGGUGGAUGUUAAGGUCAGGACUUUCCUAACUGUUAAGGGUCCACGGAGAAUUGAGGAUACAUUGUUCAAAAGAUUUCUGCUUCUUCGUGUUUUGGUACUAAAUUACACACUUGUGCAAAGCAUUCCAGACUACAUAGGGAAAUUGAUACAUCUACGUCUACUUAAUCUGAAUUACACUGGCAUAUCUUAUCUUCCGGAAUCCGUUGGCUCCCUAAAGAACCUUCAAGUACUGAGCUUGAGAUGGUGUGAUGAUCUGCACACUCUUCCUUCGGCAAUGACCCUGUUGAGCAGCUUAAGAUGUCUUGAUUAUUGUGGCACCAAAAUAAAUGAGGUUCCAAAAGGGAUAGGGAAACUAAAGUUCCUCACUUAUGUAGAAGAUUAUCCUAUUGGUGAUGGAAGUGAUGAUACUGUUGUACAAGAUGGAUGGAAGUUGGAAGAGUUGUCUUCUUUGUCGCAGAUGAGGUAUCUUAUUCUUGCUAAACUGGAAAGAGCGGCUCCUUGUAGUACAAAUGAUGUGCUGACAGACAAGGAGCAUUUGAAAAAACUAGUACUAAAGUGGUCCAUUUGUGGAGAGGGGACAUAUUCAGAAGAUGAUGUUGGCAACACUGAGAAGGUCUUUGGGCAGCUAAUACCUCCACACAACCUGGAAGACCUAUCGAUUAUUAGUUUCUUUGGUCAGCGGUAUCCCACCUGGUUUGGUACCACUUGUUUGUCUUCCUUAAUAUACUUGAAACUCAUAGCUGUACGAUCAUGUGUGCAUCUUCCACCGAUCUGGCAGCUACCGAACUUGAAAUAUUUGAAGAUUGAUGGAGCACAUGCAGUUACCAAGGUUGGACCUGAAUUUGUUGGCUGCAAGAAGGGUGAUCCUGUAUGUAAGGAGUUGAUUGCUUUCCCUAAACUUGAACGCCUGAUCUUCAUGGAUAUGCCCAAGUGGGAGGUGUGGUCUUUUUUUGAUAAAGAAGUUGCUGCUGCUGAUGAACUGGGAGAGGAUGGAGCUGCUGAUAUUCGAAAAGAGGAUGCCCCAUCUGCAAGGAUGCGACUGCUGCCUUGUUUGGUGAAAUUGUUCCUCCAUGGCUGCCCGAAGCUGAGGGAUCUCCCGCAACAGCUUGGAAAAGACACCGCCUGUUUGAAGGAGCUCAAUUUAAGAGGACUAAACAACUUGAAGGCCGUGGAGGAUCACCCAGUGCUCUCCGAGGUCCUUAUUAUUGGGGAUUGUGAAGGCCUGGAGAGGAUCUGCAACCUCCCUCAAGUGACAAACCUGCAAGUACGUGGUUGUCUGAACUUAAGCCGUGUAGAGGGGCUGGGCAGCUUGCAACAGCUGUGUCUGGGCGAGGAUAUGCAAGAGGUUUCUUUCCGCUGGGUGCCUGGGCUUCAAGAGCAGCACUGGCAACUUCAUGGCGAAGACCUGGAUAUCUACACAUGGACCCGUUAG